AUGGCCAGUUUCAGAGCCGCCCAUCAUAUUAUAUACAACGUCCCGCGGACGCGUGCUAGCAGAGAGGGAACGCACCGCAGCCAACUUAGCUCUAGUCGCGGCCAAGAAUCGCUCAGUCUUCGUGAGCGCACCACGCUUCAAACAACCAGCCUAACAAUAGAACAGCACGUGGGUGCAUCAGCAGAGACUUUAACGCGAGUUACUGGAGACUGCGGCAGUAGUGAAACGACGAACCCCGUGUAUUAUGUGUUACUAGUUUUAUCAGUUAUGAUGGAGUCUUUGCUGCAAUUCAGCAGCCUCUCAGAGCGGCUGCAGGACUUUACCGACGCCAAUAACAAUAAUGAAGAUUCACCGAGUAAUAUACCCGAUAAAUAUUCUCUUAGGCCGAGAUCGCUGAGGAGAGUCACAGCGAGUGCCAAGGAGUUUAAAGAGUCCAGCACAAAAGCGAAGAGCAACCACAAGCAGAAGCAGAAAGCGCCGCCCCUGAGCAAGUACAGGAGAAAAACCGCCAACGCGAGGGAGAGAAAUCGCAUGCGCGAGAUAAAUCAGGCGUUUGAAACGCUGCGGAAAGUCAUCCCUUCUAUGCAGACGCAGCAGCAGCUGCCCGGCGCCAACGGCGAGAAGCUCACCAAGAUCACCACCCUUAGGCUCGCGAUGAAGUACAUAUCCAGCCUUAGUGCGGCCCUCAACGGGCCCGAGUUCGAGUUUUCGGACUCGUACAGCGAGCUGGACUGCUUUCUGCUGGAGUCCGACGGGGAGUCUCUUCCGCUCUCGGAUAACUCCAUUCUGGCGUCGCCGGAUUUCCUGGAGCCCUCGCUGAGUCCAGUGGACUUUGGAGAUCCUUCUUUACCGGCGUUGUUGCACACGGACUUCACGGAGCAUGCCCUGGGGCCCCCGGAUUUUAGCGACUUUUUGCUAGCGUAAUGUAUUGUGAGAUUUCUUGAAUUACUGUUCUUGUAAAGGUAAACUGACGUUUUCUGUGAUUUUGAAAACUAAUUUGAAAAUUUGACGACUUCACUGUGAGAGAUAUGUGCAUACAUUAUUAAUAUAAAUUAGGGUGGAGCGCUAAAAAAAAUUUUUUCCUUAGCCUGGGGGUGGAAUUUGUAGCCUAUAAAAAAAGAAAAUUUUUGAAAAAAAAAAAAAUUUUUACUCAACGUCUUGAGGUGGCCCACUGAUUUUUUAAAAAAAUUCCAAAAUAGUAACAUGCUUUUCUGAGGCAAUAGAGCGAAUUUCGAGUUGAAC